AUGGGCGUCGACCCUCUUUCCCCCAUUGCGCCUGCGCGCCUUAGGGCGUUGCUCCUUCCCGUUGGAAAGAUUAAACGGUCAAGAUUCUUGAGCUUCGCUGCAAGAUUACAGGCCGAAAAUGUUGUCCGUCUUGGGGACAUUAGCCCUGAUGCGCGGCCCAAUCGAAAUAUGUUCUCCCCAUUAGCGUUUCCUACAGGGAUAAUUCUCUACGAUCUUACUUUCUCUGUGCCUCCAACGUCGCAUUUAGAGUUGUUCCCUUUUGAAGUUCAUCGAGAACCCUUGGUUGUUAUUGCCGUAGCCGAUGGGCUCGAACUAGAUGGAGGCAAUGAACAGAAUAGUGAAGAAUCAACGGUUAAGGCCAAAAAUGAAGCAUCUCCCACUCCGGCUGGACUGGAUCAACUUCGACAGGAACUAGAAUUACUCAGGGAGAAGAACCCAAAAGCCUUGGUACACCAACUCCUAAUAUUCGAUCAUGAAGAGGUGAACAAGCUUUUAAACGGUCCAGAUGAUAUCUUAUGGAUUCCUCGGCCUGAAGCCUCUAAAGCUACUACAAUGAAGACUGUGUUAUGUGAUAUCACCUCUCUGCUUCUUUCCGAGCUAGACGGGUUUGCGAGGACUAUGCAGAGCAUACCUUCAAUCGAAUCCCCAAAGGCCUCAUCAUGGGGCCCACAUCGGGGCCCAGAUAUACGCCCACGUCCCACCGACAGAUUGUUUCACCGGAUGACCAUGCCUGCGCAGCUGCCAUCUAACCCCAACGGUGGUACGCCUGAAACACCUCUCAGUUCCAGCCAAGGCUCACCCAUCCCAAGUGACCAUGAAACUCCAACGACUUUUGAUGAGAUAACCCGGUCUAUUCAACUAUCCACCCGCUCCAACUCUGUUGGAAAGCCCAACUCCUUGCCGAGUUCCAAAGAGCAUAGCCGUGACCGGAUGUCUGUGAGCAGUAUGAGCGCUACCGAUCGUACUAAGAAUCGGAUCAAGGGUCGUGCAGGCGUUGUUAUUGGAACUCUCUUUCUUCAGGCCGGAAGGUGGCCGGAUGCCUUGAAGGAACUCGUUGAAGCUGCAUCCAACGCUAGAGCGUGCAGUGAUUAUGUCUGGCAUGCUAAAGCACUUGAAUCAAUCCUACUCUGCUUGCUAAUGUUUGCGUGGGCAGGCAUGGAUUUUCAGAUUCCUCCCAUUUGUUACCCUGUUGCCGAUAAGUCUUCAAAAUCAUCAUAUAAUUUCGAAUCGGCCCCAGGGCAAUCCACACCUGGGAACCGGAUCAUCUCGCUCCAGAAUCUAUCAAACCUUUUACCAGACCUUUCGAACAAUAUACUCAAUCUCUACAAUCGUGCCGCUAAUAUAGCCAAUGCGCCCUUGCCUCAGCUCAUCUUCUCAGAAACAGUGAUUCGUUUAGGUAGGCUGUUGGUAGCUGCCCGCAUCCGUGAUGGUGCAUUAGAUGACAUAGCCCUAAAACACGUUGUUAUGGGUGAACCUCUACAACCUCUUCACCGACCGGAGCGCCCUCGUGGCCUGGUCAUCCUCCGAAAGUCCGAGAUCGCAAACUUCCUCCUCCGUGCACUGCCGUUAUCUCCGGGGUCAGAUCUGCCUCCGACGGAUGCAAUACCUAUCAUGAUCGGUGUUGUCUCUGUUUUCGAUACGCUUGGCCUACCACGAAAGAAAGCCUUUAUCCUGAGAGAACUUCUGUCAAUACUCGUCCCAACGCUGGUUCAAGCCCGCAAGAUAGGUGCAGCAGAAGUGGGAAUUCAUCCUGCUGCCGGUCUAGCGUCCCUUAGUGACACAGCUUUUGAUAUCAAUGCUCUGGACGUUGGACCUGGGAACAUGGAAGAGAGCAUGCGCUCCCUCCUCGCUACAAUAGGGGAAAUAUAUGGCGUUCAACCUUCAUCCUUUUACGAGUGGCAAAAGAGACGCUCCACAAAUGAUAAUGGUACAGAGUCCUUCCCUGAGUAUGAUUCGGUUGUUGCUAUUGUUGAACGAUCGUUUCGGCACGCCGUUCUCGAUGGGUACGGUGACUUGAACCUCAAGAUUGAUGUCCUUAAGGCCUGUAUCAAUUCUUGUGAAGCACUUCCUGAUUUUGGUGGCGUCCUUCGCUUCACGGUCGAGUUACUUCAGACCAUCAGGGGUGACCUUAUGCUUGCUGAAACAUUACACACCCCUCCAUGUCUGCCACAAGACGAACAGAUCCGACUGUUAAACAACAUUAAGCGAACAGUGGGGGCCGCAAAUAAGCUGGGUGCAUCCGGACUGGAAGCGGAGUACUGGGAUGAUUUCUUAGUACGGGGUGUCCAGUUGCUGGCCCUUCCGGAUUCCAGAAGCCCUGUCCGUCGAUCUAAAUCAGAGCUCGACGUUGUCACAGCUGACCGUGAAAAAUCAUCAAAAGAUCCAUUCUUAUAUAAUCCUUUUCACAAGCCAAGCAACAAGACAGCAGAGUUACUCAUGGUGGCUGGUGAACAUGCCGCUUUUCAACUUACCCUCCAAAAUCCUUAUGAGUUUGAAGUAGAGAUCGAAAAGCUCCGUCUUGACUACGAAGGUGUACCUCUCGAUGCUACUGCAGAAUGGAUCGUGCUUCGGCCCCUAAGCUUGCAAGACGUCACGGUUUUCGGAUUAGCACAAGAAGAAGGGGUGGUGAAUAUAACAGGGUGUUUCGUCAAAGUCCGGCACUGCAGAGAACGGAGGUUUCCCAUUUUCAAGGAUUUAUGGAGACCUGAAGCCGAAAGGAAAUUUAAGCGAACUGGUUUAGCAGCUAAACAGCCUUCGAUGGAACGGCCACUUUCCUGGGGUUCAACCACUUCGAGGGACGGCAAGCAGCUUCCAAAGAAAGGCCCAGAUACAUCAUCUUGUGAGAUCAAGGUUAUAGGCCGCCAGCCGUCCCUCCUUAUCGAGUCGCUUUCCCUGUCGCAGUCCGCGUUCAUGGUUCUGGAAGGUGAAGUUGGUUCUUUCAAAAUCACAUUGCGCAACACGUCAUCGUGCCCUCUGGAUUUUAUACUGUUUACUUUCCAGGACUCUACUACGCGGCAAAUCCAGAAUGCUCUGAGCAACAGAGAUCUGCUGCCAGUGGAAGUGUACGAACUUGAACUCAAGCUGUCGAAGCCCGCUUUGCGGUGGCGGCGUGAGGGCAAAAAUCCAGGUGACCAUUCAAUACCUCCUGGUGAGUGUGCUAUAUUCACUGUGGACGUCACUGGGAAGCCCGGCUUGCAAGAUACGACCGUACAGAUCGAUUAUUCGUGUGUUGGACAGUCUCACAGCGAACUACCUGAUGUAUUCUAUACCCGGCAACUAUUUGUCCCGCUCACCGUUACUGUCAAUGCGAGCAUAGAAAUUGCUCGUUGUGAUAUAUUACCUUUUAGUGGCGACUUCGCCUGGUGGAACUGUCGGGAGGCUGGUGCGGAAUCCGAGUAUACCGCAAAGGCAAAUACGGAUGUUUCUCCAUGUUCGCCAAGUAGCGAUGUGUUUUCACCUGUGCUAUCUCAUCUUGGGCAAGGCACAUAUGGUUCUGAUCACUGCCUUCUGCUACUUGAUCUUCGUAACGCUUGGCCGAAUCCCCUAACAGUGUCACUGCAAGCUAAUUCACAACCUGUCGAACCGUCUGAGCGGUCGAUAGAGGAAGCUGAGUUGAUAGAUGGCCGCUAUGUCGUUUCUGGAGAACUUCAGCCAGGGCAAACAUCGCGUUUUGUCCUCGUUCUUCCUCGUGUCUAUCUAGAUAACCCCCAUGCUUCGAUCCCAGUUCUAAACACUGGAAUGAAGAGACAGUUCGUUGUAAGCGCCCAUAAACUUUCAUUCGACGCCGAAGCCGCAUCACGUGAGGCAUUCUGGUACCGAGAAGAGCUCCUCAAAAGAGUAUCCGGAUUCUGGAAAGAGAGUCCUGCGGGGCGGAAAGGAAUGGUUGACCUGAGAAACCUACGCUUCAGUGCGCGGAUGGUGGACGCCUUCCGACUCGAAGACGUUGAUAUAAGAUUUGCCCUGAGUUCCUCAUCUUCUGAUAUAGUUAGCCCUAACGGCGACAGUGUUGUGCAGAUCGGACGGUCAAAGUACAGGGUCCAGAUUGACGAGAUGCUUAGUCUCAACGUCACUAUCUCCAACCGAUCCUCAAGGCCUAUCCAUCCUCUUCUCCGACUCCAGCCAAGCCUUCGUCAUCAACCCAACAGUGUUGCCCUUGAUUUGUCAAAGCGUCUCGCAUGGACCGGUAUGCUACAGCAAGUGCUACCUCUGUUACAUAGCGGGGAGAGCACAACUGCUACCGUCGGUGUAACCAUCCUUUGCCGGGGAGAGUACGAAUUCGGCGCGUCUGUAGAGGAAUUGCGCUUCGUGAGACCUUCGCCCGACACGGAAUCGGAUACCUAUCCCCAGGCUCAAGCGUCUUUCCACGAUGACGAGGGGCCUAUCAAGGAUACGUUUGGUAUAGAUGUGGCCAAGAAAAGACAUAUAUGGCAUGCUAAAGAAGCCUGUGUUAUGAAUGCUCAUGGUUAA